GCACACCAUAGAGACGUGGUCCUCCGCCGGCCUAGAGCGUCUCUCCAGAGCGUGUGCCUGAGCGAGACGUCAUUUUGCGUCCCCUCGGGCAGGGUAGCCAGCGGCUGCAUCUGAGGCGGAUGCCGCAGAGUAGGGCACACCCUGAGGGUAGCGAGAGACGUGACAGGACCGAGCAGCUGGGGGCUGCAGCCUGCUCUGUCCCCACCGAUCCCAGAGAGAGGCUGAGUCUGAAUCUGGGCGUUCGCGCCCUGAGAGAGGCUCCCCUGCGGGCCCGAGGAAGAAGAGCAAGGUUGAGGACAGCCUCGGGUCACCAGAGUAGUUUGGAGGCCGGCCUGCAGGCGCGUCCCCGCUCCUCAGCUCCAAGCCGACGUAUCUACACCUGCCGACGGGCAUUAAGAUGGCUGGUUAUGCCACUACUCCCAGCCCCAUGCAGACCCUUCAGGAGGAAGCAGUGUGUGCCAUCUGCUCGGAUUACUUCAAGGACCCCGUGUCCAUCAGCUGUGGGCACAACUUCUGCCGAGGGUGUGUGACCCAGCUGUGGGGUAAGGAGGACGAGGAGGACCAGAACGAGGAGGAAGAUGAAUGGGAGGAGGAGGACGAGGAAGCGGUGGGGGCCAUGGAUGGAUGGGACGGCUCCAUUCGAGAGGUGUUGUAUCCGGGGAAUGCUGACGAAGAGUUGUUCCAAGACCAAGAUGACGAUGAACUCUGGCUCGGUGACAGUGGUAUAACUAAUUGGGACAACGUAGACUAUAUGUGGGACGAGGAGGAAGAAGAGGAAGAUCAGGACUAUUACCUAGGAGGCUUGAGACCUGACCUGAGAAUUGAUGUCUACCAAGAAGAAGAAAUACUGGAAGCAUACGAUGAGGACGAAGAUGAAGAGCUGUAUCCUGACAUCCACCCGCCUCCUUCCUUGCCCCUUCCAGGGCAGUUCACCUGCCCCCAGUGCCGAAAGAGCUUUACACGUCGCAGCUUUCGUCCCAACUUGCAGCUGGCCAACAUGGUCCAGAUAAUUCGCCAGAUGUGCCCCACUCCUUAUCGGGGAAACCGGAGAAAUGAUCAGGGCAUGUGCUUUAAACACCAGGAAGCCCUGAAACUCUUCUGUGAGGUGGACAAAGAGGCCAUCUGUGUGGUGUGCCGAGAAUCCAGGAGCCACAAACAGCACAGCGUGGUGCCUUUGGAGGAGGUGGUUCAGGAGUACCAGUGUCUUCCUCUGUUGCCCAGGCAGAAAUGCAAUGCCAUGAUCUCAGCUCACUGCAACCUCCGUUUCCCGGGUUCAAGCGAUCCUCCUGCCUCAGCACCCCUAGUAGUUGGGAUUACAGGCACACGCCACCAUGCUCAGCUAAUUUUGUAUUUUUAGUAGAGAUGGGGUUUCGCCAUGUUGGCCAGGCUGGCCUUGAACUCCUGACCUCAGGAGAUCCACCACUUGGGCCUCCCAAAGUGCUGGGAUUACAGGCAUGAGCCACCAUGCCCAACCUUCCUCAGCUAACUUUUAUCAUCAUCCCCUUCCCCCAUUUUACAGUAAAUAUUGGUAAGUGCACAGUUAAGACACAAAUCUUUUUUUAUUUUUAUUUAUUUAUUUAUUUUUUUGAGCUGGAGUCUUGCUGUGUCAUCAGGCUAGAGUGCAGUGGUGCGAUCUCAGCUCACUGCAACCUACCCCUCCCGAGUUCAAGCGGUUUUCCUGCCUCAGCCUCCCAAGUAGCUGGGAAUACAGGUGCGCACCAACAUGCCCAGCUAAUUUUUGCAUUUUUAGUAUAGACAGGGUUUCACCAUGUUGGCCGGGAUGGACUCAAUCUCUUGACCUCGUGAUCCCCCCGCCUCGGCCUCCCAAAGUGCUGGGAUUACAGAUGUGAGCCACCAUGCCUGGCUGUCUCUUUCAUUCUUUAGGCAGUUCAUUGUCACUUCCUUCCAUUGGUAAACAUGUAAAUUAUAGUCGCAUGAUUUAGAAUUUUACAACCAAAGUCAUAAUAGUAGUUAACAGUACAAGGAACUAUUUUUGUAUAAUGGUUUAUUUAAUAUAGUGUACAUUAUCUUUCAUAUACUUUGUUACAAUGUUGGAAAAAACUUCAUUUUUCAUAAUAUAGGAAAUAAAGUUGGAAACAACUCUGGUGGGAAUACUUCAGAUAGAGCAAGAAAGCAUUCACAGCAAGGCCUAUAAUCAAUAAGAUGUUGGGUAGCCACAGGAGGUAUUCAUUAAGGAUAUGAUUCCAUUUAUAUAGCUAUUUCUAUUGCAUAACCAGGACAGUUUUAUUGUUUUGAGGUCAAUGUUCUUUUAAAAUUUGAUUUUCUGUAAGAAGAGGCUUUUUGGCCCAGAAAGCCUUACUUAUUUUACAUCUUCCAGUUUGUCCAUCCCAUGAGUUAGAGUUCGUCUUGACUCUGCAAGCUAGAAUCAAAGGAUUAUGAAAGUAAGAUCAUUUAGAUUUGACCAGGGCACCAUUAAAUGGUGUCAGAUCAGACCAGUGUAUAAAAAGAAAAUGAACAAAGAUUUCACUUAUUGGGGCUCAGGCAUAACUGGAUGCCUGGAUUGUCCUGCCACCCAGCUGCCACCAAUAAAAUCAUUCAUCACUCUGCAAGAGGGACCAGAUGCUUCCAUCAUCAGUACUCCCUGUUUUUCUGUUAUCUCCUUUGAGGUAGCUAAAAAUGGCAGCCAAAAAAAAAAAAAAUGUUGAGGCUUUUCUCAAGUAUAUACUCAUGUUAUUAUGCAGAAGAUAGGGUCAACUUCUUCAGUUGAGUUAUCUGAAACUGUUGGGCAGUGACACCAUGCCAAACACUGUUAAAUUCAUGCUAUUAAAAACAGUGGAGUGUUCUGCAAAGCCCGAUUCUCUGCAGCUUUAAGACUGGACAGUAUUGAAAUAUUCACAGGAAUCUUCCAAGCCAUGAAAGCUUAAUAUUAAAUAGCCCUUUUAAUUGCAAAGGAGAAAAAAAUGGAGACACUUGUGAAACCUUGCAUUCUGAGUGCUGCCACAAAUAAAUUAAGGAAUUCCAGAAUUUCUUCAUCUACUUCUGCAGUCUUAACUCUGAAUUUAUGACUGAAUAUAUCAAACUUCAGAUCUUAAAAAACAUCAGCUCGCGGGAGGCUGAGGCAGAAGAAUGGCAUGAACCCGGGAGGCGGAGCUUGCAGUAAGCCGAGAUUGCGCCACUGCACUCCAGCCUGGGCGAUAGAGCAAGACUCCAUCUCAAAAAAAAAAAAAAAAAUUCGGCUCAUCUUUUAUUGCUGUUGGUUGAGAUGAAUCUACUGAUGAAGAAAACUGUACUUUGGGUACAUUCAGAAUAAGGCUUUCAAAACUGUGGAUGUGCUGUUUUCGUGAGCCUUCUACUUGACCACCAAAGACAAUAUUUUUGCAGCUGUAUCAGAUGAACCGAGUUGGAGGAAAUUGUAUAGGAGUAUAUCUUAAUGGCACUACAGCAAACUGUUAAAUUUGGGUUUUUGGCAAAAAUUGAAGAAAACUGGUAUUCAAGAUGUACUGCAGCUGUCACCACCAAGCAUGAACUUUCACUGAUUACCCAUAACCUACUGGAAAUCUUCAGCCUUGCUGUCAGCAUAGACCACUGUGAGAAACAGUACAUUCCAUUCCAGUUUGCCCUGCUUUUUAAAGAUCUAAAUGCUAUUCCAUGUUUUCUGUUACAUAUUGAAGUUUCUUGAUUGUCAAAGAAAAAUGGAUUCUGCUGAACUUGUGGACAGAACAACCCCAAGGUUGGAAGAACAAUGAAAAAGAAUCUAUACUUGAACAUUUCAAAAGUUAAAUUUUUCAGCAGCGUUUUAACACACUGUAGCUUAAAAUACAUUGACAUUGAAAUGUCAAGGGGCAAACAUCAAUUUCGCUGUUCAUUAUGAAAUACUUCAAACAAAACUUGCCAAAAAUACAACCAUAAAAAUAUAGCAAAUGUAUGUAUGAGCAAACUAAUGCUAAAAAUGUCUAAUUUUCUUGGCUAGUCUUUCAAGGACCAGAUUCAUGAAUGUCAUUUGAAGGGAAAAAGUGAAAUACUUGGAAUUAUUAGUGAUGUGCUCCUGAGCUUGUUCUUAAAAUCUACCAGUGGUAGCUUUUGGAAAGAAUGUGUUUCAUACUGAUGUGCAAGUCUCACUGACGAGCUUCAAGAGGAGUUUGUGAAACUCAAAGUCUAAUUGUUUUGACUAGAAACUUCCAGGCAAAUACUCUAGAGAAACUUGGGUGUAAAAUGACUAAACAGAUGAAAAGGCUUUAUCCAUUAUUCGAUUUGCUCCUUACACCUUAAAAAGCUUUUUUUAUUUUUUAAUAUUUUGAUAUAUCAGCUUUGGGGAGAAAGCAGUGCAAGAGUGUUAUUAAAAGCAGCUUGUGUUUUCUUGCACCUUUUACACCACCCAGGAAAGAAAAGUUCAGGCUUAACAGUGACAUGGCUAUCACAUCAUCUGAAUAAAUUUUUUCCUUCUAAAAUUA